CUAUUUCCCAUUCCCCAUUUUUCCGAACGACUAUCAUGGCCAUGAACAUCAAUGACCCCGCCAGCGUCCACCGCCAGCUCAAGAUCAAGGUUGGCGCUACUCAGCGGCUACUCAAGGAACACGGGCUGUACGGCAAGGAGGCGGAAGACCAGAAGCGCAAGGUUGACAAGAUGGUUGCUGACAAUGCCGACGAGUACGAGAUCAAGAAUGCCAGGCGGAUACAAGAGGAGUCGGUGCGGAUGAUCAAAGACACAACUGAGCGUCUCGGCAAGACCGUCCAGGAUCUCAGGGAUCUCAUCGUCCAAGUGAAGCAGCACCCGCAAUUUGCCGAGGAUGAGGAGCUCAUCAAGGCCGAGGAGGCCCUGGAGCAGGCGAGCGUCUAGGCAGAUCGUCGUGUGUGUAUGCGGCUGUUUCGUUAUAUUGCUCGUCCCAACAUAGCGGACAGCGGAGAAAUUUCUUUGUUUCUAUAUGCGACGUCCAGGCCGGGAUCCAAUAAAUGGUCCUGACGUCGGAACGGUGCGUUUUGGGUCGGUGGGAGAUGGGAGCGGGGCAGUACCGUAGAAAUGCGAAUAGGAACGAACAAACUUGCAUCGUGGCCACAUAGGUCGGGGUCGAAGUAUCACCGUAAAGUCAAAUCCGCCGCUCGCUGGAUCGCCGACGCCGCCCCGAGCGCACUGCCCACGGAAUGUGUACGAGUGCGGUCGAUCCAGGGUCUCCUAGUUUUGGUUUUGCGUGUCCAUCCCGUCUUCCCCGGGCUCAUCAGCGCGGCUGUUCUGCUUUUCACGAGCGGCUUUCAGCCGGGUAAGCGCGUCAUGAAUGCCCACCCAGGCGUUGCGCUCCAUCCGUUCCUCUUGCAGCCCGCGAUUCGAUUUGCCCGCUGUUGCACCGGUGCCAUGAUCUCCAGCGGGCAAGCCGACACCGAGCGAGGGAGGGACAGAGCCGUGAGGAGGGGCCGUGAUCGCCGACGGCGCUAUCCGCGACUGUCUGAUGUGCGCCAGAGACGAGCGUAUGGCGACUUGAAUAGACUGCCGAACGGGGGAGACAGCGAGCGAGUUUAGCUCGUGUGUACGAGUGUGCCAAAAGUUGGGCCCGGGGUACUCACGUCCAGCCGCUCGAAGUACUCGCUCACUUCGAGCACGAACUGCUCGGAGCGCUCCUCACUUUGAGGCAGAUUGUCGUCUGGUCCGUCGGUCUGAGGGAGGGUCAGCAGGUCGAUAGAAGAGCCUGCGAGAGCCAGGAGACGCGUGAUUUCCUUCUCGACUUCGCCGAGGGCGUAUAUCUGCCUGGCGGUCUUACUCGAGAGCCAGAUGGGAUCGAUAUCCGCAAGUCCCUCGGGAUGCGGGGCAGGCUGUGAAGAAGCUGGGUCC